UCGUAUUAAUUCUAUUACACAUUGAGGAAAGUAUCAUUUUAUUGAUACGAUAAAUGCAUGAGAAAUUUUUAAUGAAAUUUUGGUUACAGGUGGCACUUGUUGCAAUUGGGGCAACUAUGGUUGGUAGCAUCACCUUUUCAAAGAAAGAGGGCGACUAUGUCUACAAGGGAGAUGAGUUUGGAUAUUUCUCUUUUGGUGGAAGCACAGUUAUUUGUGUUUUUGAGAAGGAUGCAAUUGAGAUAGAUGAUGACCUCCUAUCAAAUAGCACCAGAUCACUGGAGACAUUGGUUCAAGUUGGAAUGAAGUUGGGAGUCUCCACAAGAAAACUAUCAGAAACUAAGUUGCCGAAUUUGGAAAGCUGUAUCUUGGGUGAUUGAGAUUGUCCAUUCUUCUUUGUGACAGCAGAGAGGUGGUUUGUGUAUAUUGUAAUUUAGACUGACAUCAAGCCAGAAUCUUCUCAGUAAUUAAUGACAUACUUUUUUCUAAGGACU